AUGGCGAUGGAGCUGAGACUUGAAGAGUGUGACAGCUGUCCAAUCUGUUUGGAAGCGAUCGCUGCUGAAGAUGCAGUUAUGCGGUGCCAUGGCGCCACGGGCGGUCACCAUCGGCUGCACCAUUAUUUUCAUGCAGACUGCCUGCGUCAGUGGAUCCAGACGGCCUCAGAUCCAAAGUGUCCGAUGUGCCGCAGCAACCUGCAACUGCACGGCGCGCGCUUGGAGUCUUUCCUCGAAGGCUCCACAUCAUUAUCCGAUGACGACCGAACGUAUUUGCAAGCUCUUCUGGAUGGUGCAAAUGCUCGGCAAGACUGGAGCGACAUGACGUUCGUGGAGCGCACAGGAUACUUCGGAAGUCUGGCAGCAUCUGCGGCUGCAGGGUUUGCACAGGUCCUUCUGAUCAGAAAUUAUGGCCGGGCUAUGGGUGGCAUUGCGACCAGGGCAGACCUGCGUGUGGCCCAGCUGGCUGGCGCAGGAGCUGCGGUGGCUUUCCGCUUCUGGCGCGGCAUAUGA